AUGGAAAACAGCACUCUGUCCUUUUACUUUGACCUAACCAUGUUCAUGGACAUUGGACACCUCCGUUAUCCAGCCUUCGUCUUUUGUCUCUUGCUCUACAGCUUCAUCGUGUCUGCAAAUCUUGCCAUGAUACUGAUAAUAUUACAAGAGAGCACACUGCAUGAGCCCAUGUAUAUUUUCAUUGCAUUUUUAUCUGCCAACUCUCUGUAUGGCUCUACUGGUUUCUUCCCCAGAUUCCUCAUGGACCUUCUGUCUGAUACUCAUUUGAUCUCACGUCCAGCUUGUUUCACGCAGAUAUAUGUUAUUUACACAUAUGCUUCUUUUGAACUGACCUUUCUGAGCAUUAUGGCAUAUGAUAGAUAUGUUGCUGUUUGUCAUCCUUUACACUAUCACAGAAAGAUGACGCCUAAAACUGUCUAUACAUUGGUAUUUUUUGCUUGGAUCUGUCCAGCUUGCUACCUUACAGUAAGCAUUACUCUGUCUGCCAGGCUUCCUCUAUGUGGGAACAAGAUACAGAAAGUAUACUGUGCCAACUGGAAUAUUAUAAAAUCAUCAUGCAUUACCAAUGCUGUGAACAAUAUUGUAGCUAUGCUGGGGGCAAUAUUUAUAGCCUUCAUUCCCUUCGGUUUCAUCUUGUACACAUAUCUGAGAAUUGUGGUUGCUUGUUGGAAAAAGUCAUCAGAGGUCAGGGGAAAAGUACUACAGAGUUGUCUCCCACAUGUUAUUUCAUUUGUGGUUUAUUCCAUCACAUCAUUUAGUGAUACUGCCCUGAGCCGACAAAAUCUUGAUGAGAUAAAUCCAUUUGUGGCUGUAAUUUUGUCACUUGAAUUUGUUAUCAUUCCUCCGGUUCUGAAUCCUGUUGUGUAUGGCCUUAAAUUACCAGAAAUCAGAAGACACGUUGUCAAGAUACUAUGUUUAAAACACAAAACUCAAACUGGUCCAUUAUCGCACUCCAUUCCUUCAUCCACUUAUCCCUCACCCUUCUCCCUACUCCAUCAUCCCUCUACCCUCACCCCCCUUCCCUUCAUUCCUCACCCCAUCCCUUCAUUCAUCACCCCUUCAUCCCUCGACCCCAUCCCUUCAUCCCACACCCCUUCAUCCCUCGACCCUCAGUCCUUCAUCCCUUGA